AUGCUUAUACCAUUUAAGCUGGUUUUCACCAUUAAAGCUGCAGGCAGUGCGGCGCGCGUUCUGGACACUGGAGGAAAAAUGCAACAACAAGAUUGUAAAAUGUGCAAAAAUUGUAAAGCUAUGAGUACCAGAUUGAAAUAUUACCGGGCUAGACUCGAAUAUCUUAUACAUUUGAGUGCUGAACUUUCUGAACUGGCUGGUGAAUUGGACGAAAAGAUCGAAGGAGUCAUGUCUGCUAUGACCGCAAUGUUAAAAGCAAAGGCUCCUAGAAACAUUUCAAGCGGUGGCGACGGACAAGGACCUGAUGAAACAGAUUCACAAAGUUCUGAACAAUGA